CACACAUCCUCCGAUCUCCGCAGACCCGACCCCCACAGAGAGAGACGGAGAGAGGGAGAUAGAGAGAGAUGGACAUGGAGCAGCAGGAGCACGAACACGAAGUCUACGGAGGAGAAAUCCCCGACGAGGGAGAGAUGGAUGCCGAUGCUGAAGAUGUCGACAUGGUCUCUAGGCCCGAAGAUGAUUCGGACCCUAACUCCAAGAACAUUGAGGAUAUGAGGAAGAGGCUCAAGGAGAUUGAGGAAGAAGCUGGUGCUCUUCGUGAAAUGCAGGCUAAAGUUGAGAAGGAGAUGGGUGCAGUUCAAGAUUCCUCUAGUGCUUCUGCAACUCAGGCUGAAAAGGAGGAGGUGGAUUCCCGAUCCAUAUAUGUUGGUAAUGUAGACUAUGCAUGUACUCCUGAAGAAGUGCAGCAGCAUUUUCAAUCCUGUGGUACAGUGAACAGAGUGACAAUUUUGACCGACAAGUUUGGUCAACCAAAAGGAUUUGCUUAUGUGGAGUUUGUUGAGAUAGAUGCUGUUCAGAAUGCCCUUCUUUUAAAUGAAUCAGAAUUGCAUGGUCGCCAGUUGAAGGUAUCUGCUAAGAGAACUAACAUUCCUGGAAUGAAACAGUAUCGAGGAAGGCGACCCAAUCCUUUUGGAUUUCGUGGACGAAGGCCCUUCAUGCCUGGGCCUCCUUUCUAUCCUCCAUAUGGUUAUGGAAGGGUUCCAAGGUUCAGGCGCCCCAUGCGGUACAGGCCAUACUGAUAUGGCAGUAGGGGAAAGGAAAUGGGUAUGGCCUCUAGUGUGGAGCAAUCAAUGGCUGUAUUGGCUUGUAACGUUGACACCAAUAUCCCCUGCAAUCUGGAGAGAGGGUAGGGGGAGGAAUGAGCUUGUAUCAUCAUUUUAAUGCCGAAGGCCUUCACGAUUUUUCUCAGAAUUUGUUGGUAGCAGGAGUGAUGAAUUUAUGCUAUUUAAUUGCAUGCUUUUUUAACUUUGGAGGAGCCCUUUGUUUUAGACUUCUAGCUGGAAUGACUUGAAGUAUUUGUUGUUCGUCUCCUGUAGUUUUAGAUUGGUAAUUUUGAAGUCUCUAUGCUUAGAUUCUGGAGUCAAGCAUUAUAAAAGCCCUAAAGCUGUUCCCUUUUA